UCUCGUAUUCUCUGUAUACGUCCGAAUCCCUGGCUCCGACAGCUCCCGACCCUCCGCGAACGCGAAAGCUCAGUCUCAUCCGUCAUUUGGUGUGGUUGUUUUGUUAAGUUUUUAUUCAGCUAUUCUAUUCAGCACAAAUAUGUGACGGUAAGCAAUAUUGGGUUUUAUUGCGGUGUACGCAGAAUAUGGGCCUAAAAGCUGCUGUCCAAGCUCUGAAAAAAGCCGAGCUGCUGAAGGAUAAAGUACAGCGCUGCAAAGAUUUACUCAAUGACAAUGACGCCUGGGUAUGGCAGCAACAGCUGCAAAAGAUUUAUCAACAAGUACUCAUCCUGGAUCUUGAAUAUGCUCUCGACAGGAAAGUUGAGCAAGAACUGUGGAAUCUUGGAUUUAAGAAUUACAUAGCUACUCUACAGAGCCAAGCUAAAGACCGUAAAAAUCCAAAGAGAGGAGAGUCCCAGGCUAUGCUCGGGUGGUGCCUGGAAGCCGCUAGUGGUUUUUAUCUCACCCUACUUCAGGAAAUAUGCACAGCCUUCGAUUUGGAUUUGCCUUUUCGCAGAAAGAAUUAUGUGUAUGGUCGUUCAGCGCCAUGGAAGGCUGUUGAGAAGUUAUCAGCACCGCACAAGUCAUCUUGUUUUUACGCGUGUCAGUAUUGUCUAGUGCAUUUGGGUGACAUAGCGCGUUAUCGAAAUGAGAACAAGCAAGCGGAAUUGUUUUAUCGCCAUGCCGUUUCGUUGUCACCAUCGAGCGGGCAACCCUACAAUCAAUUGGCACUUUUGGAAGCAUCGCGUGGCGACAAACUCGGGACGGUAUUUCAUUACGUACGUUCGGUCGCGGUGAAACACCCGUUUCCCGUAGCAACCGCCAAUCUAGCGAAAACUCUCUCAUCCGCUUUGAACGAUAAUUCAUUCAGCAUCGAAGGAAAAACUAAGCUGACCUCCCAGGAAUAUAUAACCGUUUUUCUCAAACUUCAUGGUAUUCUUCACAAUCUCGGGGACACUACAGUCGCUUCCAGACAUGUGAAAUUGUUGACGGAAACAUUAACCGCUCUCGUAGCUACUGAAAGUUUUACCUCUUGGAGACUCGUACAACUUUUCGUAAUUAAUCUCUACGCGCUUCACCACACUGCCGGACAAAGUACCGAUAGCACCGAAUUGUUGAGGAACGACCAACUCACUUCCGACGAGACCAUCGCCAGAGAUUGCAUUUUGGAUCUUAUCGCGGGAAGUUUAUCCGCUCUGUUGCUACCCGUUUAUACCAUUAAAAACGCCAUCAUCGAUUAUUUUGCUCUGCCAACAAUAAAACUGUGCCUUGAUUGGAUGCGCUUGCAACCAACAGUACUUGAGAAACCAGCAUUUGUUUCAAGACUUCAAAUUUGGCCGAGUCUGUGUGUCUUACUGAAUGGCUUGCAGGCUUGCGUCGUUGAUUUCGAACCUGAUCAGUAUGUUAAAGUACCACUGCCGGAAGAUUGCGAUCUGCAAGGUUUUUUACCGCUCGAGAAGAGCUUCGAGUCGCUGAGGUUUGCAAAUACGGACCUUGAAGGUAACUUCACGGGUUUGAACAAACUUCGAGCGAUUAGGAUUUUAAGCGUUGGCCAUCAUUUGGCUCAGUAUCAAAUAGCUGGCACGAGUUUCAUCAGUGUCGUGACCGAUGAUAAGAACGAACGUAAGUUUACGUGCAUGAGCGAUGUAUCAGGACCGAGCAACGAACUUAUGAAGGAGCUUGAGGAACUCAGCUUGAACAAAGAGAAACAACAACCAGCUAUGACCAACAGCCCGGUACCUUCGGAAUCUGCUAGCAGCAAAGCAUCAUCCGAGACUGAUAUACCUGAACAUUCGAUGGAAAAGAGGGUUGGUAUUUUGAAGCCACAAGGAUCUUUGGAACGCAAUCGUGAGUCGAACCCUGGAAAUACGGAUGCGAGUAUCAUGGAAUUGAAUUCUUCGUCUUGCGCUCGGAAGCCACGACAGAAUGUUGCGAUGCAGGCGAUAAUGAGACGAGCUGAGACGGAGCAAAAGCAAGUGACCUUCAAAAAUGUAUCGCCAAUGAUAAUAGAAGAGUUGGAUUCGAGCAGAAAUGAAGUAAUACCGGUGUCGCCAAUAAAGGGUGCGGGGACGAAAAACAUUCAGAAUCAUUCGCAAACCCCGACUGUAAAUGGCGGGGCUGCUGAAUCGCAGCAACAAAAUGUUGCAAAUGUUCAACAACGAUGUCCUCCCGUUUCUAACAUUUUACUCGCUCCAAAUCACCAAACAUCGAAUCUCAUUCCGGCAUCGACAACUCAAGUUCCACCAAUGAAGUUACAAUUGAGCUUGUCCCAGGCACCACCAACUCCUUCGCAACAAUUUUCAGCCGGUGAACAACAGGCUCUGACGAGAUCACAAUUCGGGCAUCAACCGCAAAAUCUUCCUUCCAGUUGUAACUAUCAUAAUCAAUCGUUCAACGUUCAGAAUCCUCAAUUUAGCAAAAAUUUCGUCACAAGCCAUGUUCCAAAUAUACCGCAGCACUAUCAAGUGCCUGGGCAAUACAACGGUGGUGGAGUUACAUUGCCACAGUGCACUGGUAACAUUCAGCAAAAUGUUCAGCAUCAACAAAGACUCGCGCAACAAGCUCAGAUGUUGCCCCAACCAAGUUUGUCAGGGGCUGCGCAAACGGCUAUAGGAACAAACUUAUCGCAGGCUCUUGGAUUGCAACAACAGCAGCAGUCUUUCCAAAAUGUCGCCACGGGGUUGCAACAAAAUAUGGGAAUUCAGCAACAGCCACAACAUCAACAACAACAGCAGCAGCAGCAGCAGCAGCAACAACAACAACAACAGCAACAACAAGGCAAUGGCAUGGGGAUUCAUCGACAAAAUGUUAUCCCCAACAAUCUAAGAACAAAACAAAUGAAUAUUCAGAAUCAGAUUAGUGGCGCUGGUCAUAGUAACGUACUUAACAACGUACAAGGGAUGUCUGGCGUUAUGACUGGUUAUCAAAAAAAUAUACAGCAACCUCUUUCUACAUUGCAAAAUGUCGUCAAUCCACCGAUCAGUCCAACCGGAAUUUCAGGACUCCGGAUGAACUUCAAUCCGAACGUCGGUCACGGCAUGUAUAAUCAAAUUGGACAGAAGCAAUUAUCACCAUCAGCAUACGGGAAAAACACGAAUCAAUUUGUUUUUCCGAAUCAAACCGUUAUCAACAAAUCCCAACAUCAGAUCAAUAGUUAUCCACUGUUUCACAAUUACGACGCAAGUGAUUUCAAUUUGUGGGGAAAAGAUACGCAGCAGCAGCAGCAGCAACAACAGCAGCAACUUCCUCAACCACCUACCGCGUGGUGGGGUGGUUCAACCGGAAAUCAGACCCUGAUGCAACCGAAGGAAACUACGCCGAGCGAUGCUUUUCAGAACUGGGCCAAUUCACCUUCGGCUAUCAAUAGUAUGAGUGGCAGAACACCACUUACUCCUGGCAACAAUUAUCAUCAGAAUCCUCUCAUCGGCAAGCAAUAUGAUUCACGAAAUAGUUUCGAGGAAACUAGACAGUUUGAAAUGGAGCAGACACAAAUCCAAUCAACCAACACUGGGAACACGUAUUCGUUGUUUAGCGGUAAUUCUUGGGGUUCGGGUGGACAAACGUCAAGUGCGUCGAAUCAAGAUCAACCGAAAGCUCGUUUGAAUCAACAAUCAUUAUGGUCAGGUCCAGGACCAUCUCCACUUGAGCGUCUUCUCGAGCAACAAAAAUCUCUUCGAGAAGGUGGUACUUGAACGUAACUAAUCCAGAUGUUGACAAGACAUUGGGAUUUGAUGAUUUUACUUAAAAAAAAAAGUAAAGAGAGAAAGACAUAAUGACUCGGGCCAUCUAUAUGAAACUUGGGCACGAAAGAACAGGGUCGUCUCCCUUUCCAUCCCCAUGAAAAAAGCGAUUAAAACGAGGAUAUUAGAAUUGAAAACGUACUCCUAAGAAACGCGUAAAAUUCUCUGAAGAAAGAAGGAGAAAAUCAUAAAACAUGCACAUAAAUCUGUUAAAUUUCGGUGAGAGUCGGUUUUCGUUUCUCCAAUGAUUUUUUUCAUGUGGACGACCGUUCGUUUUUUUUUUACAUAAUUAUGCGUGCAAACUUCGUCUGAUUACGAGUUUGAAAACUCAAGUGACGAACACUGUUUAUUUUUGAUGCUCUUUUGCGUCGUUUAUAAUAUUUCAUCAAGGGUGAGUGGAAGAUAAAUAAAAUUGUAGAACGACCGAUGAAAUAUAAGCGAAGUCGAUUAUUGCAUGAAAUCCUCAAACCAUGUAUGUUGUUGAAAAAAACCUAGCAUCGGAAAAUGCUGAAAGAAUUAUGUUUUAGCCGUAUAUACGCAUAUGUGAGCGAGUGAAUUAACCACGAGAUUUAUAACUGAUUUUAAAUAUGAAUAACAAACGGUGCUGAGACCGGGAAUUUAGAAAAUUUGUUGCGUUCCAAGCUUUGCGUUCGUGACGAUCGGGUUCAUCAGAAAAUGAUAACUGAAUUUUGAAAUGAGAAGAAGGAAGUCCAAAACGAAACAAUAAACGAGGAGGUUCGUAUCGUCGAAAUCGAAACACAUGUCGCGAUAGAUAACACGUAGUUGAAAGAAUAAUCUAAACGAAAGAAAAAAAAAUAAGAAUUAGGCGUAGCAGUUCAACCUCUAUGAGAGCAUCGAUCCCAGAUGUUAUGUUACCACAAAGUGCUAUGAUUAAAUCAAUAACGAUGAAAAAAUCGAAUCGAACUUCUGGGGACCUGCUCGAACAUUUCAUACGUCUUUACACACACACGAGACACUUUUCGCUCAGUACACGAACCGCAAAACAUUCCCUCUUCCCUUUUUCCCAGAAGAUAGAAAAAUAUAACUUAUGACUCGACGGGAAAAAUAAUCCCCCGUCUCCUAGUAAUCGAAGAUUCAUAGGUACAUGAGAAACAUGAAAUUCAAGUAUGUUAGCUAGAUUUUAUAAGAUAUAUAUUAUAUAACGGAGCAUGAUGCGGCUGGAGACUGACCCUAUAAAAAAUUUAUUCUAAAUGAAACAUUUCAGUUGAGUUACAGGAAAAAUACGAUAUACCUACACUUUCCGGUAGUCGACGGAUAAGUUUUCGUAAAUAAACUGCAUAACUAUUAUAAACAAUUGUUUAUCGUAGUGGAGUCGAUAUAUCUAUAUACAUAUUAAUCUAUAUAUAUAUAUAUAUAUGUAUAUCGAUUGAAUUACCUGAAUAAUAAAUAUCGUUGCAGAUGUGAAUUAUAAA